AUGUCUGACACGUCCAGCUCCCCGUCUCCGCCGCCGCCUUCGUCGCGGAAGCGCAAACAUGUAGCUGAAGACCCCCUCGAGAUCGAUCUCAAUGCGCCAGAACCAGCUUCAAAGAAAGCUCUCAGGAAAGAAAAGAAGGCGAAACUAAAGUCAGCUUCGACCGAUGCCACCACGUCAGCUAAAGACACAGCAGAAGCCGGAGAGUCUACAAAACCAAAGGAGCAGGAAGACAAGGACAAAACAUCAUCAGAUAUUAGAAAACAGCGGACCGGUUUUGGCAUCUGGAUCGGAAACCUGCCCUUCUCCGCGACGAGAGAGGUGCUACGGACGUUCCUGACUACUAAUAGUGGAAUCCAAGACAACGAGAUCACACGCAUCCACGUACCAGAAGGCGAGUCCCGGCAGAAGGGUGUUAAGAGGAACAAGGGAUUCGCAUAUGUCGACUUUACCAGCCAGAAAGUGGUUGACCUGGCUUUACAACUAAGUGAAGAACUGGUCAGUGGACGACGGGUGUUGAUCAAGGACGCCACCAACUUCGAGGGUCGUCCCGAGAAGAAACCCGAGCAGGAGGGAGAGAGUUCCAAGCCGGCUGGGAACCCACCGUCAAAGAAGAUAUUCGUGGGGAAUCUCGCGUUCGACACCACCAAGGAGGACCUGGAAGAACACUACCGUCCGUGUGGAGCGAUUACUCACGUCCACGUCGCUACGUUCGAGGACUCAGGGAAAUGCAAGGGCUACGCAUGGGUGGAGUUCGAGUCCACCGAGUCGAGUGAGGCUGCCGUACGGGGUUUCGUGAAGAUACCUGAUCCUGCCGACGAAGUCGAAGAGGUGGAUGAAGACGCGGAGGAGGAGACCAGUACAAAAAAGCCUAAAAAGCAGCGAGAGAAGAAGGUGUGGGUGAACAGGCUACAGGGACGCCAGCUACGUAUGGAGUUUGCAGAGGACCAGUCGACGCGGUAUAAGAAGAGGUUUGGCAAGGAGAAGACGGAGGGAGACGAGAACUCCAAGGACAAGGAAAGAAAGCCGCCAUUGAACAAGGCCAGAGAGCCGAAGAAGCCUGCAAAAUACAACAGUCGAUACUCCAACGAGACAGUGCAGAGAUUAAGCGGUGCGAUCGUGGAAGCCAAGGGGUCAAAGGUGACCUUUGAUUAA